CUGUCACGGAUCGACCUCUCCUCGAUGUGGUCGAUGAUUUACUAAUAAACAUCAUUGGAUCGACUACAACAUGUAUGUAAUCGACUUUUCAAUUGUAAUGAUGAAUGUCAUUGUUAAUUUACCAUUCGGUGAACCACAUUGUUAAUGUAACAAACUAAUUUUUUUUCUUUUUCAAAUCACAAUAACUUGGAAGUGAUGAUAGCAUACUCCAAUCUCACUCACUAUGAGCAAUCUUAUGAACCAACCAAUAUUGAAUGAUUGAAGGUGAGGCCAUCACCACAUAAUUAACCAACUCGACAACCCCAGCAAGCGAUAAUUCAAUCAUCUCUUACUCAGAUCGCGAGUGCACAAAGCCAGGCCAUGUCUGCCAGCCAGCUACCUCAGCGCUCUUAUUUAUUAUACGGUGAUCCGUAUUUCGAUUCCAAAUAUCGCAUGCUAAUUACGAAAGCGAUGAAAUUUGGUUUCUUCCAAUCUUUUCCCAGUGACCAAACAGCAGAACAGGAAAAUAAACAGCAAAUCCAGGGGAAUCCCACCAAUAUAAUCGACAGGGACUCGGAUCUCUUCAAUUGCAUAACCUUCCAGCGUGCUUCUGCAUGUCCAAAAUCGAACCUUUAAGGGUUCCCAGAUAUAAAGAUAACUGUUGCUGCCGCGCCGGAGCAAGAGGCGGCCGAGGGGAAGAUAGCGGACUUCAGUACGGCGGCGGAGAGGCUCAUCGGUGGGAAGAAAGGGAAGGGGAGACGAAAGAAUCCAAACCCAGAAGAAUACCAUCAUAUCCUUCCUGCUUAUUCCUUCUCCACCCUGGGAAUGGUUCCAAUCAUUCGUUAAUCGUCGGGACCCAAAUCCUCGAGGAUCCCUCAAUCGCCAGGUGCCGCCUUUCCCGUUGCAAUUGGAUGAAUUGAGUAGGAGAGAAUCGAGCACUUCCAAUUCUGCUGGAAGGGUUGAAUUUCUCGGACUUUCUUUGGGUUUUCCCUUUGUUUGGAACGGAAAGCUGGAAAAGGUGCCAUUGGUGCUUGUUGGUUUUCUUUUAUCUUGUGUUUCGUUCUGGUCUGUGUGAAUAUCAGCUGUUAGAGCUAGUUGCCAAUGGCGGAUCUCAAAGAGCGCUUGCUUCCACCAAAACCAGCAUCAGCUGUAAACCUUAGGGAUGCUUCAUACAGGCCAUCUGCUUCCGGUCGUCAACCAUUUCAAGGGGUGGAUGUUAUGGGUUUGAAGAAACGUGGGCAAGGCCUGAGAUCUUGGAUUCGGGUUGAUUCAUCUGGCAACUCCCAGAUAAUCGAGGUCGACAAGUUCACUAUGAUGAGGCGCUGCGAUUUGCCUGCGCGUGAUCUCCGGCUUCUCGAUCCCCUGUUUGUCUACCCUUCAACGAUUCUUGGACGAGAGAAAGCUAUAGUUGUGAACUUAGAGCAGAUUAGGUGCAUAAUUACAGCUGAUGAGGUUCUGCUUCUGAAUUCGCUUGACAACUAUGUGUUGCAGUAUGUGGUGGAGCUGCAGCGGCGUCUUACUACAGCUGCAGUAGGUGAGGUUUGGCAAUCGGAAGGUCCUGAAUUGAAUAGAAGGAGGAGUAGUAGGAACUACGAUAACGUGUUUGGAACUCCAUCCCCUGAUUACUUGCCCUUUGAGUUUCGGGCACUCGAGGUUGCUCUGGAGGCUGCCUGCACUUUCCUUGAUUCUCAGGCAGCAGAGUUGGAAAUUGAAGCCUAUCCAUUGCUAGAUGAACUGACAUCCAAGAUCAGCACACUCAAUUUGGAAAGAGUGCGUAGAUUAAAAAGCAGACUUGUAGCCUUAACCAGAAGAGUCCAGAAGGUUAGGGAUGAGAUAGAGCAGCUAAUGGAUGACGAUGGAGAUAUGGCUGAAAUGUAUCUCACCGAAAAGAAAAGUCGGAUGGAGUCACCAUUUCAUGAACAGGGUUCCAUGGGAUUCAGGUCAAAUGAUGGAGGGGUAUCGGCAUCAGCUCCAGUUUCCCCUGUUUCUUCACCACCUGAUUCCCGGCGGCUGGACAAGUGCUUGAGCAUUGCACGGAGUCGACAUGAGAGCAUGAGGAGCUCAGAGAGCGGAACAGAGAGUAUAGAGGAGCUGGAAAUGUUGCUCGAAGCAUAUUUUGUGGUCAUUGAUAGCACCUUAAACAAGUUGACAUCGUUGAAGGAGUACAUUGAUGACACUGAAGAUUUCAUCAAUAUCCAGCUGGAUAACGUCAGGAAUCAGCUGAUCCAAUUCGAGCUUAUACUCACCACUGCUACGUUUGUCGUGGCGAUUUUUGGGGUGGUAGCAGGUAUUUUCGGCAUGAACUUUGCGAUACCCCUGUUUGACGACCCGGGUGCUUUCAAGUGGGUGUUGAUGAUAACAGCAGUAUGUGGGAUUACCAUAUUCUGUGCAUUUGUAUGGUUCUUCAAAUACAGAAGACUCAUGCCGCUAUAGAAACACCAUUUUAGAUGUUGCUAAUUUGUACUGAACAGAGUCUUAGGACUUUCCAAAAUUAUAGUUGCAACUUGCAAUGUCUCUGCAAUAUGUAUGCGAAUGGACUGAGGGAAGUGGAAAUGUGCCUCUUUCUCUCUUUUCUCUCUGAGCAUUAUCCAGUCCCUUUUUGAAAGGGAUAACGAUUUCUCAAGUCCCUGAAUUUUAUUACUUUCAACAAAAAUGCCCCCAUUUGAGUUUUUUCUUAUAGAUACGCCCCUGAAUUGUUCACAUUUUGGCAAAUGCAACCUCUCGCUAAACCUUUUCUCCGAGCUGUGGUUAUACAUUGGUUUCAUAAAGGUGACACAAAUUGAAACAACGAAAGAACAACGGUGGUGAUACUGCUAACGUUUGUGUUCUCGUUUUUAUUUUAGCACAAACACGAGCGAUCGUUGCGACGCUAGUCGAUAACUAAGAUACUUGGACUGGUAACGUUGAGGUUGUUGUUACAAUGAGCAAACUAAUUUGUUGAGUGAUACUGGUCGAGACUCCGGCAAGUGAGUGACAAAAAAAUUAAUUGGAGGAGCUUUUCGUUAAUAUAUAUAUAGCUCAUGGAGUAUUUUGUCCAAUAAUUCAAGUUGAGGGGC